AUGUACAGAAGAGUCCUAUGUACUAGUUUACUCAUAUUUUUGGUUGUUCGAAUAGGAUCAGCUCAAAAGUCCUCCAAAUCAGAAGAAUCGAAGGAAAAAACAGCACCAUUGAUCAAAGAAGAAACAAUAAUUAUACUAGCCGAUGACCUGGAUGCAUUGGACGAACCCGGUAAGAAUUUUGACGUACUUUAUAUCGAGGAUAAACAGUAAGAAAUUAUAUUAUCCAUGUAAUUUUUAGAAGAAGAAAAGCCCAGUGGUUCCCGUUUUCUAACAGAUGACGAUAUAGAUCGUAUGGAACAUACUGGCUCUACUCCGGCCUUGAUCACACAGGAAGUGGAGGAGAGAAAUGCGUUGUCCGAUAUUUUCGUCGAAUUUAUUCCAGAAAAAAAACCGACGAGGUAAGAAGUUUUAGUUUAUUAGUUCCUUGGUUUUAAGGCGGUAGAUUGUUCAAAGAAACUGUGUUCUUCUUUCAUUCCUUCACAAAAUCCUUAUUUCUGAGAUUUUUUGAUGUUAUACUAGAUCAAGUCUAACAUCAAGUUUUUCGGACACGAAACUGAUAUUUGUAAAUCUGAUGUUUCAGAGAGUUGGAUGCUCAAGCUCAGGUCCUAUACGAAAACGCGCUGGAAGUUCUCGGUCGAAAGCGAUGGGCUCAAGUUGAUGUUUCAGAUCUGAAGAAUGCCUAUAAAGAGAUGGAAAGGGCCGCGGAAAUGGGGCAUCCAGACGCGCAGAAAAUUUUGGGUAAGGACGAAUACACUGUUAUCUUCAUUUACAGUUGCUUUCUGAUUCUUGUUAUAUUUGAAAAAAAACCUUUAUUUUCAGCAUUUUCCUACCUAUUUGGAGAGCAUCGAUGGAGUAUUGACGAAGCCCGAAAUAUCUUCGAGAGGCUGGCUGAAAAUGGCAGUCCAGAUGCGCAUUUGGGUCUAGGAUUUAUUUACUCAACCGGACUUGGCUUGGAUAAUCCCGAUCCGGCCAAAGGGCUUCUGCAUUACACGGUUUCGGCUCUCGGAGGUAACCCUCUGGCUCAGAUGGCUAUGGUAAGAUUUUUGCUAUUAUUUUCUUGAAGUUUAGAGAAUUUUCGCUCGAAAUGGAGAUUGCUUGACCAAUUUGUUACAGGGAUAUCGCUAUCAUUCUGGGGUAAACGUGAAAGCCGAUUGUGAUAUUGCCCUAAACUGGUAUCGAAGAGUCGCCCAAAAAGUUGCGGACAAGCUAAAACUCACUGGAUCCCCUUCAAUCCAACGAAUCCGAAUCCCAGAUGAAGUCGAAGGCAGCUCCAGCUCGGGGAAUUUGCUCGACAACAACUUGUUUAUGUAUUAUAGCUAUCUGGCCGAAACUGGAGAUGUUCAAGCUACUGUAAGAAUUAUUUUUGCGGGUUUUUUCUGAUUUUAGUUGAAUAAAGCUGAAAUAUGAUCUUUUAGCUUGCCCUGGCUCAACUCUACUUGACUGGUGGCAAGGGAGUGCCCAUGGAUUUGGACGCCGCGGCUCGCUACUUCAAGGUCGCUGCUCAAGCCGGGAAUAUCCCAGCCUACGCAUAUCUGGGACGUAUGUACCUUGAAGGCACUCCAUACACCCCACAGUCAAAUACUACGGCGUUUGAGUACUUUAAGAAGGCCUCGGACAAAGGAAAUGCAAUGGCUCAAAGUGGACUUGGUCUGAUGUUCCUAGUCGGAUAUGGGGUGGAUCAGGAUAGCAACUUGGCCUUUAAAUUGUUCAGGUAAGUGUUGGAGACUUAUAGAAGAUAAGGAAGUAAAUUUAAAGAGGAUUCGGGACUUGUCAUGUUUUCGUUGUGGGACCUAGAGCUAUCUAUAUUAUCCAUGAAGUGAUGGAUAAUAUGGAUAUUAAAAACAGUUUUAAUGUCUUGGCAAUUAUGUGAAAUUAAGAAUUAUAGCCUCUGUUUUUCAGUAUGGCUGCGGAACAAGGCUCCUCGGACGGCCAACUUCACCUUGGCCAAAUGUAUUUUUACGGAAUCGGAGUGGAAAAGAAUUACAAACAAGCCAUCAAAUACUUCCAACUAGCAGCCCAAUCCGGCCACAUUCUAGCGCUGUAUAAUUUGGCCCACAUCCAUGCCACAGGAACGGGAACUCAAAGAUCUUGCACCUUGGCCACGGAGCUGAUGAAGAAUGUCGCGGAGAGAGGAAGAUGGGCCGAAAGAUUCGUCGAUGCCUUCGCUAAAUUCCAGUUGGGACAUACGGAUGAGGCUGCGAUACGGUAGGUGGAUAAAUGGGGAGGUUUUGCAUAGAAAUUUGGAUAUUAUUUUUAUUGAAGGGUCUAGUGUAAGGUAAUCUUGAGUUUGAUGUCUUAGUCAGUGUAAAAUAAUGUUGUAGGUAUCUCUUCCUCGCAGAAUUGGGCUAUGAAGUGGCGCAAACGAAUUUCGCCUUUCUCAUGGACAAGUCCGAUGGGCGCCAACAACUUUUCAAACCGAAUCAGACCUAUCAAAGAGCCUACCAAUACUGGUUGAGGUCGGCGAAUCAGGAAUACGCAUUCGCCAGAGUAAAGCUCGGAGAUUACUUGUUCUACGGCCUCGGAACUCCAGUGGAUCUCGCAGCCGCAGCGAAUCAGUACAAGGUCGCCGCAACCUCGCAUCAGAACGCCCAAGCCUUGUUCAACUUGGCUUAUAUGCAUGAAAAUGGACUUGGAGUUAGCAGGGUAAGAGAUGGGGUGAUGGAUCAUAAAUUUUUUGAAAUUUUGUAGGCUCAGUGAAAUAAAUUACAUUAGUUUCAGCUUGAGGGCAAGAGUUGACCCAUUUUGAGACACGAGGGAAAGAGUUGACUCAAAAAAUUUUUUGUUGAAAAAAUGGUUUUUAACGGAAAUUUAAAAAAGACCUUAGCUGAGUACACUUUGAAGGGAUAGCUUUGGGCUACUGAUAUAUUUGAGGGGAACACUUGACCCAAAUUUUUAUGAAGAAGAGAGUUGACUCAAACAUGUUCAGAAGAGAACUUACUCGCUCAGAGAAAAAGUUUUCAGUAGCUUUGAUGGUUUUGCUUCUAUUUUUAUUUUUUUGCUUUCAGGACCUCCAUUUGGCCAAGAGAUUUUAUGAUUUGGCCGCUGAAACUUCAACAGACGCCAUUGUCCCAGUCACUUUGGCACUGAUCAAAUUGAGAUUCCUUUUCAUUACGGACUUUUUUACCGGCGUAAGUUUGCAUAGAGAUUCAUUUUUGAUAUUUUAGAGCAAUAAUUUAUAUUGUAGUAGAUAAAAUUUUACAUUUAUUUUUAGAAACAUUGAUUUUUAGGGGAUUUUGUUCGACUCUGAAGGCAAAGCACCCCUCAUUGAGCGCCUUAUGGGUCCUCAAUGGGAUCUGUACUUGAUGACGUUGUUCUUUACCCUAACAAUUUGGCUGGCCGUGGUUUAUUGGCAUUAUCGAAGACAGCUCCAAGCCGACGGAAAUGCCCCGGCUGACCCUAGCCCCUCAACCCCGAACAUAUCACGUCAGGAAUCGGCCAGUAGUUCGAGUGCUCUUGGCCACCAAUCCAGCCCCACCGACCCCAGAAAUGAAGGGUCUGCGCACAGUGCAGAUUUGGGAAAUCCGCACGGUGCAAACACAGGAUCGACAGGUGGAAGUGGGGGGUCACAGGAUGGAAAUUCAAGCCCGACUGCCUCACAACAACAGUAG